AUGUCGUCGACAGCGGGAACUCGACGACCCCGCCAAAUCACACCUACAUCGCCCUCGCCCUCUCCUGAACCACAACCAGGUGCGACGAACGGCUCGUCUUCCACGAUCAAUGUCGCUGUUCCGUCCGCAUCUGCACCUGCGCAAGUGGCGCCCUCACAGGUAGCAGCAGCAGCUGCUACACCAGUAGACGCAGCAGAAGCUGUGCGUAUCAAUCUGGAAACGCGCGUGCGCUCCGUCGUCGACCUGCUCUACCAGCUCGCGGUUUGCUCUGCCGAUGUACAGGAAGGCUCGCAGCACCUCGUUGCGAACAAAGUCAACGAAUGCAUCCAAGCUCUAGCAGCUCUCGAUGCCACCAAGGACGAACUGCAUAGAGCACACAUGAUGAUUCCACAAGACGUCCUCGAGAUGCUCGAUACGGGCAAAAAUCCAGAUAUCCACACAAGAAAUUUUGUCAAUCGGUUGGCGAGUGAGAAUCAGUACAGCUACGGUCAGCAUCGCGCAGUGGAAAGGUAUAAGGCUACAUUGGAUGCUGCGCUGGAUCAAGCAUUCCCAGAGUUGAAGGCGGCACAGGCCGAGUCGACCGAGACCAAGUAA